UCCUCCCCUCGUCCCCUUGAACUGUUUCGGCUCGGCUCGUCGUCCUCCUCACCGCCACCAUGGUGUGCUUAUCUCCUCCGUGGGUCAUGUUGGAGAACAUGUCCCGCCGCUCGCGCUCCCUCCUCUCUCUGGCCCUGACCACCCUGGCCCUGGGCCUCUCCAUCCUCGCUCUGUGUACCUCCUACUGGUGCGAGGGCACCCACAAGGUGGUCAAGCCCCUCUGCCUCUCCCCCGUCAAGAUGAAGAACUGUGGGCAGAACAACAGCGAGCCUUACACCACAGAGAGCCCCACCCAGAACCCCUACAACCGCACGCUCUCUCCCCUGAGGAGAGACGAGCUGACCAAGAUCCGUCAGAGGCAGCUGGCCAACGCCGUCCACUACAUCUGGGAGACGGGAGAGGACAAAUACGCCUUCAGAUACUUCCACACGGGGUUCUGGGAGAGCUGCGAGAAACACAACGAUGGUGAAAAGUGCCGAAGCUUUAUUGACUUAACUCCGGGAGAAACACAAGGUGUGUUGUGGUUGUCAGUGAUAUCUGAGUUCACGUACAUCGGCCUACUGGGGAUGGGUUUCCUCCUGAUGUGGAUAGACAUGAUGUGCUCCCAUAAAGAGAUGCAUGCCCUUAAGAUCAACGCAUUUGCUGCCAUCUGCACUGUACUGUCAGGUCUGAUGGGGAUGGUGGCCCACAUGAUGUACACCACCGUGUUCCAGAUGACCGUCAUCGUGGGUCCUAAGGACUGGAGGCCCCAGACCUGGGACUACGGCUGGUCCUUUGCGCUGGCGUGGGUCUCCUUCAGCUGCUGCAUGGGAGCCGCGGUCGUGACCCUUAACUCCUACACAAAGACUAUCAUCGAGCUCCGUCGUAGACAAAGGCUCCGAUUGGAGGAGGCCAGGGCCGCUACCCACGCCCCUUCCUAUGACGAGGUGGUCCCCGGAGGCGGGCUCUAUUCUAUCAGUGGCCUAUUGCAAUGCCCGGAUGGUAUGAUUGACGUGGCGUGGGCCCCGGACGGGAGUGUGCUCGGAGUCGGGAACGGGGAUGUACCAACUCUGGUGCUGGUAGGGGGGUGUGGACCGGAGGGGUGUGAAGACUGCGAGAGAGAAAUGGAUGAGAUGGAGGUGGCCAUGGACAGAGCUGACUCGCCCUGUUAGGUUGAGGAUGAGGAGGGGUUGAUGAAGGACACACACUGCUCUCUCUCUCUCUCCUGCUCUCUCGCUGAGAGACUGAAGCAGAGAAGAAAGCUGGACAUGUGACUUGUGUUGAAGUACACGAGAAAAGGACUAAUGUGCACAAUGUAACACAAUGAAAUGUUAUUCACCUGUGUACCUUCUGUCUCUAAUAAACAGAACCGUGCAGGCUAGAGGGUCUAAACACUGAAAUACAAACAUGGACAGGUUGUACUUCAGGUUUAUCUCAUACAGUACACUUCUCAUCAGUGAGAAAUGGUAAGAAGCUGCAGUUAAUAUCUAUAUACUGAUGUCUAUCAAUGUGUUACGGUUAACAGAUCACUUUUACUCCACCUUCAAUUCCCCAGUUUUACCUCAAAAGGAAAACGGACAGACUGUAGGUCUGGUUUAUGUCAAAUUGCAGCAUCUUCCCCCAGAUGAUCUCACUGUCCGAUUAAGGAGGAGAGACUCGACGCGUUUCUACAUCCGUCUCUUUGUGUUCUGUUCUUGUAGAAAAGGGCUUAUGCAACAACAAAGACAAGCACCUAACAAAGUGAUAUUGUUUUCUUUUGAUCAAGAGACAGAAUCUAAAUCAAAACAAUCAGUCUGCACGCUCAGAUGACACAGACGUCGUGAACGAUUAAUUGAGAGAGAUUGAGAUCCACAUACCGGUGUGUAGUCAGAGACAAGGACGAGCACAGCGAUUUGGAGAAGUCUGCUUUUCGAUGUCGAAUUGAAGAUUACGACGGUAAUCCUGAUUUGGAUGGAAAGAAGGAGUGUGAAGAGGAGAUGGAGGAUGAAAGAAAGGGGGAGGGUCACGGAACAGUCUGGAAAGAAAUGCAGCGCACACUCACAUACGCCCUCCACAUAAGACGAAACCAUCUGCUGACAUACAGUAGACUGUCCAAGCGAUA